AUUCAAGUUCCAUAUAUACCGUCAUCCAAUUCUUUACAAAGAGCUAGAUACACACAAACUUUAACAGUUAUACUUAUGAAAUGAACUCAUGAAUUGAUUAUCAUCAAUUCUAAACUUUGUAUUUAUUGUUUCAACUUCAAACCACAUGAAGUCAUGGAGAUUCAUCAUCAACUCUUAGUCUCUCUCCUCUUCCUCCUCCUUCCCCUAUGCUCCUCCCAAGAAAACACCAGAAGCUUGGCCAUUGAUGUCAAUGGUCCAGUCGAAACUUCUCCUAUCUCCGAGAAACUAAAUCCAAAGCUUGUGUACGAAAUCAAAGUGCAUGGCUUUAUGCUUUGGGCAGCGAUGGGUGUUUUGAUGCCAAUUGGUAUAAUCUCCAUCAGAUUAAUGUCUAUCAAAGACCAACCUAUAAUCACUCUUCGACGACUCUUCUUUCUUCAUGUCACUUCUCAGAUGGUUGCAGUGAUACUUGUGACAAUAGGGGCAGUAAUGUCAGUAAUAAACUUCAACAAUUCCUUCAGUAAUCAUCACCAACAGCUUGGAAUUGGACUUUACGUCAUUGUAUGGUUCCAAGCUCUUCUUGGCUUCCUCCGACCUCCAAGAGAAGAAAAAGCUAGAAGGAAGUGGUUUGUAGGACAUUGGAUAUUAGGAACAUCAAUUGCUAUUCUUGGGAUAAUAAACAUAUACACAGGUUUACACGCUUACGCCAAAAAGACAUCAAAAAGUGCUAAUCUUUGGACCAUACUCUUCACUGCACAACUCUCUUGUAUUGCCUUGGUCUAUCUUUUUCAAGAUAAAUGGUCUUAUAUCCAAAGCCAAGCUACCUUUAACAGAAAUCAAUCCGUUGAUCAUAACAGCAACAUCUCAACCGCAGAGACUGGCCAUGGAUACGAGGUCGAAGAGAGUAAACCGGAGUUAGAGAAAUGCUAAAAGCGCCAAGCUAAGAAGCUAUUAGUAAUUUGGUCUUACUUUGAGAGAUUGUUUUCUAGGAGACAAAAAGAGUUUCAAAGGUAUUUGAAUUGAUUUGUAGUGGUAAUGAUUUGACUAACUUUCGAGUUUCUUUCUUCUUUUGUUAUUUUCAAGUGU